AUGAAGCCCAGUCGGGGGGAGCAGGAGCCCCCCUACCCCAGGAGGAGGAGGGCCAGCCCGGCCCCCCCAGAGACCCUCCAUGGGGGACCCCCAGCUCCCAUCCUCGUGGGGAAGGGAGAUGCCUGCAAGGUGAAGGAUGCAGCCAAGGAGCUCAUCCCCCUUUCACUGCCCGCCUCCCCCCGAGAGGGGCUGAAUGACCCGAGGGACAUCGAGGUUUCUCCUUCCUCCCCACCCAUGCCGGUGAUCCACAACGUCUUCAGCCUGGCACCUUACCGAGACUACCUGGAGCGGACCGAGGGCUCAGCCCAGGCCCCCUUCGGCAGGGAGCGUCUGCGGGGGGACACCCCACCCCGAAACGUGGGGGGAAGCCGGGACCCCACUGCCCUAACAGACGUCUUGGAGACCCCCAGCCUGCUGCCCGCGGGGACACCGGCCAGCCGGGCACUGACGGCGGGCAGGGGGCCGGGCCCGACCCCCCGCGUGCUGGGAGAGGAGAGCGUCUCGCUGCCCGGGCAGUGCGAGGCCCCUGCCCCGCAGACCUCCGCCAGGCAGCAUUUCACCACCCUGCACGCCUCGCUCUGCGACGUCAUUUCGUGCUCGGUGUCCAGGUCCUCUCCGGAGCUCCUGCGGGAGUGGUUGAAGAAGGCAGAGCCAGCGGAGGAGCUCGGAGAGAUGCCCAAAUCCCCCCCCAAACCCAAAAACGGCUCCAGGAUCCCCGAACCUCAGAAGCCCACCAAAGGCAAGGAGAUCUGGCUGGCUUUCCAGGACGUGGCCACUCUCCUCGCCAACCUGCUGUCUCAGCUGGAGACCUUCAUGUUCGCGCGCAAGUGUCCUUUCCCCCACGUGGUCCGGGCAGGGGCCAUCUUCAUCCCCAUCUAUGUGGUGAAGGAGAACCUCUUCCCCAAGCUCGCUGGGGCCUCAGUCGACCAAGUGCUGCAGGAGCACAAGGUGGAGCUGCGUCCCACCACGCUCUCGGAGGAGAGGCACUUGAGGGACCUGGAGCUGAAGAGCUGCACCUCACGUAUGCUGAAGCUCCUGGCCCUCAAGCAGCUCCCUGACAUCUACCUGGACCUGCUGAGCAUGACUCCAUCCGGCAGCAGCUCACCUCUGCACGUGCUGCCCUUGCAGUUCCAACUGUCGGGCAUCGCUUACACCCAGGCUCUGAGCAGCAAGGCUUCGGGGAGCUACAGGGAGCUGGAGGAAGAAGUGAGGCUGAUGCUAAGUGAAAUGCUGUCCACCUACAAGACCUUCCUGCAGGCAAAUGUCCUCGAGUUCAUGAAUGGCUCGGUGGUUGUACGAGGGGAGGUUGUGUUCCAGGGGGAUGCUCCCACCAACUCCCACCUCAUCCGGACAGUCAUCACAGAGGCCAGCAGGGGAAGGAGCACCUUCAGCUGGCAACUGGAGCCACAAUCUGUCCAGUCUGGUGGCUUCAGCCUGGAGAACCUGGACCCAGAGAAGCUGUCCCUCUCUCUUGCUGUCCUCCCACUUGGGAGGGGCAGGCCAAACUCCCUAGAGCGGCUGGUUGGUGAGGUGGUUCAAUCUCUCAAUGCAACCUACCAUGUGAGGAACUUCACCAUCACCCAGCUCAGAAACCUCAGUAGCGACCUGGAGAUCACUGGAGACAUCUACCUUGACACAAUUGCCCAUGCUGAUGUCGCAAAGAUACUGCAAGCCCUGACAGCUCUUGUGACCUGCUCUGUGGACCUGACCUCCCUCUCGGUGGAGGGGGUCAGGCUUCACCUGCAAGUUUACCCGGUGUCCUUCCUCAUCACCAACAGAAACUUCAGUGAGGACCUUCUGGAUCCACUUGCUGUAGAGCACCAGGAGCUCAGCAGAGAUCUUCAGGAUGCGUAUCCUGCCCUGACCAGCCUGGAGGUUUUGGAGGCACUUGUGCUCUCAGUUGGGCCAAACAAGGCUUUGGCUGGUUCAGACUUCCAGGUGGACCCAUUCUCUCUUGCCGUGGGAGAGGACACCCUGGAGCCCCCCCUGCCUGAACCCGGCUUUCCUGAGUAUGGCAUGGCCAUCAUGGUCGUGUGUGGCCUCUGCAUCAUUAUUGCUCCCAUCGUCAUGCUGGUGUGUAUGAGGACCAAGAGGCUUGGCUGGCGGGAUGUGGUGGUCCUCUGGGACAGAAGAGACCCUGAAGUGGGGAUCCAGACCCUCGAAAUGGAUAACCAAGGGUUCUGGGCAGCCUCUGAACAGGCACGGGCCGGCCCCGUGUCGUUGGGGGCCGCUUUGGUGGUGAACCCACCUCGUGCCCCGUGCUCCCGCUGCAGGGAGAACGUGCUGAAGAACCUGGGCGACAAGGCUUUCGACAAGCCCAUCUGCGAGGCGCUCUUAAACCAGAAGUUUUUCAACGGGAUCGGGAAUUACCUCCGCGCUGAGAUCCUGUACAGGUCGAAGACCCGUCCCUUCGAAAAGGCCCGGACCGUGCUGGAGGCCCUGAAGGACCAGGAGCAGAAUCCUUCCAUGACGCUGAGCAAGAAGCUGAAGGUGAUGCAGGAGCACCCGGACCUCCUGGAGCUGUGCCACACCGUGCCCAUGGAGGGGCAGCAGGGGGACGGGGACAGGAAGGAGCUCCUGGACCCAGAACAGCCGGAUAACUACGCCGCUUUCAAGAACUGGCUGCAGUGUUACCUGGUGCCUGGCAUGAGCUCCCUGCGCGACCGCAGCGGCAGGACCAUAUGGUUCCAGGGAGAUCCUGGCCCCAUGGCUCCCAAAGGGCAGACACCUCGCAAGAAGCGUGCGCAGCUGAAGGUGGACGCUGAGCCUCGGAGCCACAAGGUCACCACGCAUGCCUCGAAAAGGCGCCCCAGGGCUGCGGCGAGCCCCCUGAAGUCGGACGCCGAGGAGGAGGUGGCUGACAGGCCGAGGAGGGGAUGUUCCCGCGGGAGGAGGAAAGCCACUGCUGCUCCGGCCUUGUCCGAGCCCAAGGCGCCGGUGAAAGCCAAGAGAAGCCGCCGGACGGCUGCGCGCAGGGGCAGAGGUGAGGCUGGCAGUCCCCGCGGCUUUGGAACGCCAUGGGCGCGCUCCCUCGUGUCGGGGGGACGGAGCGGGUACCACGGGGCAGGAGCCCAGGGGGGCUUCGCGGGGGAGGAAAAACCGAGCCCAAGGCGCCGGUGA